AUGGGAUCAAAUUUCUGCUGUUUUCCGUCCAGUGGAUUCUCCAAGAAAAACUCUGAUGACAAAAAUGGCAGCCUAACAGCAUCAAUGUUGGAAUGUAUGAAGCCAAGAUGCUUAUUGGCCACAUCGAAAAUAAAGAAGCAAUCCCAUCGACAAGAAAAUCAGCAAAAACAUCAGCAGCAGCUGCGGAAGAAUAACUGUGAAGUGUUAACUCUAGAAGAAUGGAUUUUAUCAUCACCAGGUUUUAAUGUGCCUAAACAAUGUCCUUCCAACAGGGUUCAUCCAUCGUUUGAAGGAGAUCAUGAAGACUUGGUGCCUGAAUCUAGAGACAAUAUUUCUUUGGAAAUUUCAAUGAAAAUUGAUGAAGGUGAAAAAGGGAAGCUGGAGAAUUCAUCAGUUGGCAGAAAUCAAAGUGGAAAGAUGAAGAAGAAGGUGAGCUUCAGAUCACCAGAAGUUGCUGAAAUAUUCAUACUGUACCCACAGCAGACAUAUUCGUGA